AUGCACAUUACUACCGUCUCAAAACGUGACCUUCCAAUGGAGUGUCGUGCCUUGGCCAUUGGCUUCGUCAUCAUCAUCAUCAUAUCCCUCCUCCUCCUCCUCCUAUCAUUGACUUCAACGGCAGGAUCACCAACAACUGUAACAACUUGCACGUCUUUAACUUCGGGACAUGUACCAAGUUUUCCAUCAAAACGGCUCAAUUGGACACGUCGACUUGUGAUUACAAAACAACCGGCCUCAGAGUUUUAUAAAGAUGAAGGGGGGAAAGCCAAUGCACUUGAAGUCGAGGUGACACUUGUAGAGUUUAAUGAACGUGGAGAACCUGCUCGAUCCAGUGACAAAGAGUUUAUUGAGAUUCCACUGCGGAUUCUGCUGUUUUUUGAAUCGGGAAAACGCGUAGAUGAUACAGAUCAGGAAAUCUUUCGUUUUGUCGGCAAUGACUAUGACUCGGUCGUCAUUCGGACCUCGACGCGCAAAGCUUUGGUGCAAUUCCGUCUCGAGAAAGUGAGCAGACGAAAAGAUGGGCAACGAUUCAAGCUACGCAUUGAAGUUGACCAAGAGCAGUGCACUGCUAAUGUUGCAGAUCUUACUCCAGUCUUUACAAAUGCGAUCUGCGUCCUAUCAAAGCGGAAACACCCAAGUUCAUACAACUCGGAAUCGUCGAUCCGCGUAAAAGAGCCGUCUCCGAAGUUGUUGAAACGUGAUUUGGCUGUGUUGGAAGAUCGGUUGAAUAGAAAGAUUGAUGGACUCUCGGCACAAGUUCACCAUUUGAGUCAACUGGUCCAAAAGCAGAAUGAGCUCAUCGUGAAGCAUCACACACCUCCGGUUCCUGCAGGGACACAUAGUGCUCCAAAUGAGAAUUCAAUUCUUGAAUGGCUGCUUCGGUCCAACACUACUGAUGAUGGCCCUUGGCCCAAACCACUCAUGGAGCAGCAAUUGUUGUCUAACACGGUCAUGCCCUACUUCGAAGUCGACGAUGAGCCGUACCACGGCACUGACGCAGAUCUCACACCCGCGUUCGUUGCUCCUCCAGCAACGACUACUAAAAACACAACGCCAUCGAACACGCGUACAAGUGAGACAACGACGCCUUCUCUACCAUUUGGCGACAUUUGA